AUGAGGUGGAUGCCACUUGCCCAAUUCGUCAAGAAGAACGCGCCCAGCCAGGCACUCAUCAGAAGUGUAGUCAAUGGUAGUAGCAACUGCUAUAGCUGUAGAAGAAACUACUCCCUCUUUAGGAAGAAGCUUUGGACCCCAACUGAAGACAUCAUAUAUAGGAAAAACCUUGAUGUUAUUUGUCAAAGCCAUGUUUUCUUCUACACCGUUCUGAAUGUAGAUCGGUACAGUCACUUUUUGCCAUACGUCACGAAAAGCAGAAUAACGGAAAAGACGGAGGAGCAGUUCAAGGCCUUCCUCCAAAUAGAGAACCUGUUUUUCAAGGAAUCAUACGACUCCGUCAUUCGGUUUAAGGUUCCUACCACUGUCAAGGUUUCCAGCGCAGACACGAACCUGUUUAACCACUUGACGACUGAAUGGAUCAUUGAAGACAAAACGGGUUGUAUCAAUGUCGACUUUUACAUAAGCUUUCGGCUAAGAAACAUGGUUUAUCAGAAUUUCAUGCGCAUGUAUAUACAAGAGAUGGGGAAGAAAAUACUCUAUGCCUUCAUCCGGGAGGCGCGGAUGAACAGCCUGAGAAAUAUCGACGUGCUCUUCCGUCAUUUGCUUAAACGGUGA